AUGCCAGAUUUAGAUAAUAGUAGCAAUAGUAGCAAUAGUAAUAUUGAAAAUAUUAAUAAUAAUGUAACAUUAUCAGAAACUAUAACCACCACAGCAACAGCUAUAGAUGAACUAAAAAAUUCAACAGAAACAAUUGAAGACUCAUUAUCCUCAAUCAAUAUUAAUCAAACCGAUGGAGAUUUAAAUAGUAAUAAUAAUAUGGAUAAAAUGGAUAAUAGUAAUAAUCAAACUUUAAUAAAUGAACAUAUAGUGGAGGAAAUAAAUAGUUUACAACAUAAACAAGAAGAUUUUAAAGAAAAGAUAGACGAACUUAGAAAUGAAUUAGAUCAAGAAAUUAAACAGGAUAUUCAAAUCCAAAAAGAACUUAAUAAUGAUUUAGAAAAAGAUAUACAAGAGCAAGUAGAAAUUAAUCAAAACCAUAUAAAAGUAGAACACCCACAACCACAAUCACAACCACAACCACCAAAAAUUGAAGAAACACAGCCAAACCCAACCAUAAAUAAAACAGAAAUAAAUGAAAAUAAUACAUCAACCGAAAAAAACCAACAAAUAAGUACACCAACAAUUUUUCAAAAUUUAUAUGAACAUUUCAUUGUUGUUGGUUUACCAGCUGAUUCAAAUCCUAAAAUUGGUGUAUCUCAUAGGCCAGAACUAUUAUUUUCAUACCCAAAAGAUAAAGAAGUUCCACCCAAAGUAAAAGAGUUUUGUUUCCCAAGUGGUAUUGUUCCACAAGCUAUUAAAAGAACACCAUCAAGAUCAAAUUUAAAUGAAAUGUUAUUUGGCCAAUCAUAUAUUCAUUCACCAAACCAUUACUUUACAUUUGUUUUAUCUAGCGAAAAUCCACUUUAUGGUAUUUGUAUUACUAAACCAGAAUUACUUCAAUCGAUACCAAAUUUUUUCCCACAGCAACCAAAACUUUUAGAAAAAGCACCUUCAUAUAUUUCAGCGCCAAGAUGUUAUUGCUUUUUAUCAAAAAUACCAAUUUUUAAUAUUCAUUUUGAUGCUCUCCUUUAUCUUUUAGCACAAGAUAGAUUAAUUACAACAACAAGGGAAUUAUUAUCGACAGAGGACGAGUUGACAAGAGAUGGGGACCAAGAGCAAAAAUUAAGAGAAAAAAAAGAUAGAGAACUUUUUAAUGAAAGAGAACAAAAUUUUAUUCAGCAACAGCAACAUCAACAACAAUCAAUACCACCACAAUCACAAUCACAGCAAAGUGGAGAUUCACCACUAAAUACUGUAGAUAAUAUUAGUAUUACAAAUAGCGAUAUUGAUUCCGAAGCAGAAGAGGAUAUAAAGCAUCUUAUUGACAAGCAAAAUCUCUUAGAUAUUUUAAAAUAUUAUCAUCAACCAUUCGAAAUUAAAAGUGGUCAAAAACUAAAAUUAUUAUUUCCAAAUGAUAGCCAUCCAAGAGAAUAUAGCAUACCUAAAUCUAAAUCAGUUCAAGAAUUAAAUGCACUUUCAAUUUCAGAAUGGGCAGUGGGUGGCACAUUUUUAAAUUUAUCAUUGGAAAAUAUAUUAAGAAUUUUAGGUGCAGUUUUAUUGGAACAAAGAGUUGUAUUUGUUUGUGAUAAUUUAGCAACCUUAUCAUCAUGUUGUUUUUCAAUGAUAUCACUAAUCCAUCCAUUAGUAUGGCAAGGUUUAUUUGUCCCAAUUCUUCCACAAAAUUUAUUGGAUUAUUUGGAGGCCCCAGUACCAUUUGUUUUUGGGGUUUCAAACUUUGUUAAAAAGAAUUUUGAUGGUUUAAUUGUAAAUGUCAAAACUGAUAAGAUCAUUUAUAAUUGUCCAAAACAACCACCAUUAAUACCAGAGUUUCAUAAAUUAUUAAACAAUUUAAAAGAUGAUAGAGCUGUUUUAGUAAAUCAAAAAAACUAUAACCCUGUUAAAAAUACAAAACAUCAAUUAGAAGCUGUACAUAAAAUAUUUUAUAUCAUCCAACAAUAUACUCAAUGGUUAUUCAAGAAAAUAGAAAGCCAAUUUAUAACUGUAAAUGUAAAUGAUAGUUUAGAAAUUGAAGAGUUUAAACAAAAAUUCCUCAGUUCUGUAUCCGAUCAUAAUAAAGAUUUUAUUAGAAUGUUAUUAGACACACAACAUUUCAACCAUUUCUUAAAUACAAAUAUUUCUUUACAACAAUAUCAAAAGCAACAAGAACAAAAAAAUGAAAAUGGUAAUGAAAUUAAAAAUCAAACAAAUUAA